UUCGCGUGCGACUGACUGCUUCGAAGUCGUAAAAUAACAAUAUUCUUCCCGUAGUGAUGGGCAUUUUGAGUAAAGGGUCCCGACUACUCACAACAACAACUCUCAGACUCAGACUCUUCACACACCACCAAUACCCAUACCAACACCUCACAAGAACUCACCGUUUUCGCAAACUUUCCAUGGAUACUGCUGGUGCCGGAGCUGGAGUUGCUCGCUUCCCUUUGUCUGCCUCCACCUCUCUCGUUAUUCAGAGAGGAGACCUCACUAAGUGGUUCAUCGACGGAACAACCGACGCCAUAGUUAAUCCUGCGAAUGAGCGAAUGCUAGGUGGUGGUGGUGCAGAUGGAGCCAUACAUAGGGCUGCUGGUCCAGAUCUUCUGAAAGCAUGCUAUAGUGUCCCAGAAGUUAGACCUGGUGUUCGCUGCCCCACCGGAGAAGCAAGGAUUACCCCAGGGUUUAAGCUGCCUGCAUCUCAUGUCAUUUUCACUGCUGGACCCAUUUAUAGUGGCAACCCUACUGCUGCAGACUCUCUAAGAAAUGCAUACAAAAAUAGCUUGAGGGUUGCUAAAGAGAACAACAUUCAAUAUGUUGCGUUUCCUGCUAUAUCAUGUGGUGUAUAUGGGUAUCCUUAUGAAGAAGCUGCCACAGUAGCCAUAUCAACAAUUAAAGAGUUUGCAAAUGACAUUAAAGAGGUACACUUUGUUAUGUUUCUUGAAGAGAUUUACUUUGUUUGGUUGAACAAAGCAAAUGAAUUGCUUAAAUAAGCAAAUUAAAGAUUGUGUAAAUCUACUAUAUUUAUCGUUUCUAUUGUUGUGUGUGAGUGGGAGAAAUGUUACCAUUUCUUAUCAUAUAUAUAUAUUUGAAUAAUUUAUAAUAAGUUUUAUUAAAUUUAAAGAGGCUGAAA